AUAUGGUGGCGCGUCGAUCGUCGCAAGUUUAUCGUUAAACAGUCAAUUGAAUGCGAAGAAAAGUGCUGUCCUUUUUGGUGUGGCAGGUUUGGGACCAUUCCUAAAGUGAUAAUCGAAUUACCACUGUGAGAAUAUACGGAAGAAGUGUCCGGAAGGGGGAAUGUGUUCACCGACCGUGUUCCAGGGUUGUUGCUCCCAAUGGCGUAGCUGGAUCCGUCCACUGCUCGUUGUUCUGUAUGUGCUGUUUGUGAUAAUUGUUGUGCCGCUGCUGAUCGUCAACUCCGUCAAGGAUGGCUUUACCCGGAAGGACCAGCUCAUCCUCAUUGGGGGCCUAUUUGUCAUUUCGGCCGUACCCAUUUCGAUUUGGCAAAUUACACAACACAUUGUGCAUUUUACGAAACCCAUCCUGCAGAAGCACAUCAUCAGAAUUCUUUGGAUGGUACCUAUCUACGCCCUGAAUGCGUGGCUGUGCUUGCUGUUUCCCCAACAUGCCAUCUACAUGGACAGUAUUCGCGAGUGCUACGAAGCGUACGUGAUCUACAACUUCAUGAAGUAUUUGCUCAACUAUCUCAACCUGGAGAUGGACCUGGAGCGAACGUUGGAGUACAAACCACCGGUGAAGCACUUUUUCCCGCUGUGCUGCAUGGCGCCUUGGCCUACAGGGCGCGAGUUUGUCCACAACUGCAAACACGGAAUCCUACAGUACACGGUGGUGCGACCCAUCACAACUUUUGUAGCCUACAUUUGUGAGGUGAACGGCGUGUACGGAGAGGGCAUUUUCGAAACGGAUGUGGCAUUUCCCUACAUUGUGUUCAUCAACAAUUGUUCCCAGUUCAUUGCCAUGUACUGCCUGGUGUUGUUCUACAAAGCCAACAAGGACGAGCUCAGACCAAUGAAACCGAUUCCAAAAUUUCUCUGCAUCAAAGCGGUGGUGUUCUUCUCGUUUUUCCAAGGAGUUAUCAUCAAUUUCCUGGUAUAUUUUGGAUUCAUUCACAACAUCUUCGGUUCGGAGCAGAACGACGAUCCACGUUUGCUGUCGUCGAAGCUGCAGAAUUUUUUGAUCUGCAUAGAAAUGUUCCUGGCUGCGUUGGCACAUCACUACAGUUUUCCACAUCAGCCGUAUGAACUGAACAUUCCUAUCAGUAGUUUAGGAAUGGGAAUCGGUACCAGUAUCAACGGAGCCGGCAAUGGGUCUUGGUACAGUGCGCUGAGAAAUAUGCUGGACAUAUCUGAUGUCCAUCAGGAUGUGAGUGAACAUCUAGGGGUGGUUGGAAGUUCAUUGAGUAGAAGACUGCGUGGAAGAACGACGUACCAUAUGCCGAGAGGCGGUUCUGGAAUCUGUGAUAACAUGGGAGGUGGCUCCGAACGGCAAUAUCUGGUACAGCCAUCGGGAAGUACGAGUAAUGUAAGUGGUAACAAAUGCUACCAGAGUGGGUUGAGUAAUUCCGGUAAUCAGCUGUACUCGAACAUUCCCAAAUCGGCGCAAAAUCGGUACGGUGCCCUAGAGAGCGGAAUUAGCAUUGUGAGGCCAAAAUCGGCCAAAGAAUCAGAGACACCGCACGAGGGUGCUCCAAAGGUGCCGAACAUUUUCAAUCAAUUCCAAAACUCCAAAAGCCUCAAUCUUACGUUGGCGAAGAGUCCCAGUUUCGACAAUUUGAACUCGACCAAGAGCGAAACGACCACUUCUAGUAGUUCGAAUCAGAAAGCCUUGGCGACCAAUAGCAGCACUGUAAGUGGACAAACGACGGCAACUCAUACAACGAACAACACGACAACUUCGACGUCGGAACUGCAGCUGCGGAAGUCGGAGAGUAGCAACAGCGAUUGGCUCAGCACUCCGGAUGAUGAUCUGGGAAUCGACGUGAAGGGUGUGAGCAAGGAUCGGAUCAACUAUAAUCCCGAUUGGAGGACGUAAGUCCGGAAAAAUUGUGAACAAAUAAUCUCAUACUGCGAUCAAGCUUUGUCAAGCUUCAAAUAGACUAAUUUAUGCGGAUUCUGAUGUGUGGGAGCUCAUGUGUGUGCUUUGUGUGUGCGUGUCUUUGCGUAAGUCGAAUGCGUUGUGUAUUUACAGUUUUAUAUUAUUUUCGUACUAUUAAGAUAUUUAUCAAGAAAAAAGAAAUAUUUUCCAAAAUGAAGCUUCCUAAAUUUGCCCAUUAUUCCCAAUUACCGGAAUAAACGAUCGAUGGGAAUUUAUUGAGUACUUUU